AUACAAAUAUAAAGCCAGAGAUGAUAAAGCCGCCAAAGACAACUGAAGGAAAAGGAAGAAGAAUCGGUUACAAAUUUUUGAGAGGCACCGAACAUUAUUUGAGUGCGUAGAAUAGCGUAAAGUGCAGUACAAUAUCUUGAGUGGGAGCCACGCUCGAGGCAUAUUUCUUGUGACUAGCCAUAGCGAAUCAUGAAACCUGGAGGCACGACUAAAGUCUCCGCCGCCAAAAAUUCUGUCGUCGAGGACGUUAAAACCAGGAAAUCAUUGCAUGUUCUUCAACAAGCUGCAACGGACAAGGAAAAUCUGGUGGGGGCAGGGAGAAUUUUAAGAUCCACGGCAUUGGGCAAAGAAGCAUUUAAGGAUCAUGUUUCUAGUGAGAUGACAGACAAGAUGAAGAACGAAAUUACUAAACGUAAAAAGAUUACAUAUAAGGACAGGGCUGUGCAAACUGCCUGGGGUGAAAAAAUAAAUAUUAAAGUAGAAGAUUUGACUUCUGAAGCUGGACCUAGUGAAAAUUAUUGGAAAGUUCUCGCCGAAAGACGACGAAUAGCUCUAGAUGAUGCCUUAGAAGAAAACAAAGAGCUCACAGAACGAGUACAGAAGCUCGAAGAAGAAAAUCGCAUUUGCAAGGAAAUGCUUGACGAAACCCGAGCGCUUGUUGAAGUUUUACAGGAAAUGAUUGGCGAAGAUCGUAGUGACAUCAACAAUUCUCUUGAGGACAGUGCGCUGUAAUAUGAUUAUUCGUUUCCCAACUUCUUAUUUUGCUCGCCAUAAAUCCUUCAAAUAAGUCCUUGAAAUUGUUACUACUGCUAUGAAAUAAUUUAAAUCUUAUGGAAGUUCGAGGUGGACUUAUAAUGUAAAGAGCUAGAUCUUCAAAUAAGAUUAACAUUAUCAUUAUCGUUAAGGAUCUCGAGUGUUAGGGUGGUGAAGUUAGUUAUAAUUUUUGUUACAUUUCAUUCCUGCAACCAUUUCUUUUGUCAUUAAAAAAUCUUACUUCUCAAGUGAUUAGUUCAUAUCUGUGUGCGUGCACGUGUUUGUUUUAAUUAAGAAAGAAAUCUGUAAUCCUAGUGUUCGUUAUGCAUCUGAUUAAUAUAGUAAGAAAAUGGGGUCCAUCUCGAACGUAAUGUGUACCAAUGUAUAUUUGAUUAAAAAGUUAGAAUCGACGAAAAAGAAGCUAAUUAAUGUUAAUCAUUAAGUUCUCCUUCAGUACAUUGCUCGUAUAUAAGUUUAUCUUAUUUUUACAAAGAAUUAUUUAGUUCGACAGAUUGCAGACUCUGAGAGUAGAAAAUACGACUGAGACUAGAAAAUAGAAAUGUGCAAAUUA